AUGGCGACGACCUUUAGCUCCAAGCCCUCGUUCCACCUCUGCCCAGACUUUAGCAUCGACCCGCCACCGGGUGGGCACCUCCGGCUCGGGUCAGUGCUACAGAACCUCCAGCUCGAUAGCAUGCUGAGCCCGCUCGACGGCGGCGAGGCGCCACCCGUGUCAGACUCCCUCGUCUUCCCCAAGGACAAGUCCGCCUCGGAAAAAGAGGGGUUCACCUGCUCCCUGAACCACCUCCGCCAUGUCAAGGGCGGCAUCUGGGCCAAGAUCUUCGGCUGGGCUGGGUUGGGCCCCUCGUUCUCGGCGCUGCGCGACCGGAAAAACGACGAAACGAUCACGGUCCAAAAGCUGUACGUGCGCUACUUCAACCCGACCCUCGAGUACAUGAAGACUGCCCUCGAGACGGACAGCGUGGCCAUGUACGUCCAGCGCAGCAACUUCAAGAGGCCCGUGUGGAUGAUCACGGGUCUGAUGUGGGCUGAGGGUGCCUCCCUCUCCAAGGUCAGGGCCGCAAAGACGCAGCUGAAGAGCGAGAUUGCCACCUCCGGAACGGCGGGCCUGCAGCUUUCGUACGGCAGCGAGGACGGCCUCGCGUCGCGCUUCGACGGGUCGACCCCGUUCGUGCUAGGGAUACGAGCUCGCAAGAUCUGGUGGGACAAGCGAGGGGUUCGGCAGGACAAGCUCGACGUCGUGGGGGCAACUCUUGGUGAGGAUGUGGAGACGGGGGAGGGUCCCCUUAAGGGGCUGAAAUACAGAGAUGAUGAGACACUGGGAUACGAAACAGUAGUCGAAGACGAUACUUUGGUUGAAGGGGAGUUUGUCAUUUGGCUUUCGCCUACAUCUGCAAGUCCGUAG